CGGGGAGAGACUCUGGCGAAGAUGAGCCAAUCUGGAGAGGCGAGGAAUAAGGGCGAAUCUUGUACCACGUGGAGGGCGCUGUCCUCAGAGGGCACCAUCUGCAUCAAAUCACCGCAAGCUGCUUUGGGUGGGGCUGCUCCAUACACAGAGACAAAGGGGGCAGAAGAGACUCAAGCUCGAGACCAGGAAGAGGAGCUGGGACCGAGCGAGCGAGGGAGCCACGCAGGCCAGCGUGGGGGUGUUCAACAUGGGGCUCACGCCUGGGGGGUGCUCGUGCCGCUGCUGCUCACCAAUGGCUUCAGCGUGGAGGCGCUGUUGGGCCGCACGCGUGGCGAGGCCGAGCAGCUGGCGGCCAAGGUGCGCGUCCCCUUCUCCAGCAGCAGCUGCAUGGGCGGCGUGCCGCUCCACCAGCUCGGGGACCUCAUGCGCAUCUUCAACCCGCCAGAGCUCAGCUGUCGGAUCGCGGUCAAGGCCCUGGGAUCAGCUCCCACUCGAGAGUGGUCCUCCCCUGGCUGCUGUUUGUGCUGCAACUGUUUAGGACCGGUAGAGCAGACUGCUUCUGGUCUCCCACCCAGUAACUCUGCUGUCUCUUUACCCCAUUGUCACCCAACCCAGCAAACUCACCGACACUGUUACCUCAUCCAUCAGACACAAACCCCCAUACUUUCUCAAACAAUGGCAUCUCCAAUCUUAUGUUAAUUCUGUUUCUGCAGUCUUCCACAAUUCAUGAUAUUUGUUUCAUAGGUAUCCACCUGUUACUCGUAGCUUAAACAUUAAUCACAAACAUGCAAAAAUAUCUACAUGCUAGUAACGCCAUUUAGCACAGCACUCUAGUAUAAAAUACAUUAAAAAACAAUACAUGUUUAUAUUGUUGAUUAGUUUGCAUGUUGAAACCAAUCCUGGUCGCAGUAGUGCCUCACCUUCCCCAUUACAUUUCCACUAUUGUAGAAAUCUACUUUAAUUUGUCCACGGUAUAAAAAUGGCUUCAAAGAAGAUCCUAAUAAUUAUAGACCAAUAUUUCUUUUUUAACAGUUACUAAAAUACUCUUUGGUUCUUUCGGUAAAGUCACGUAGGUAUAAAAAAUAAAAAAUAUAUAUAUAUCACGACGUUUCGAUCGCAACACAAGCGGUCGUCCUCAGGCGGAAAAAAAUUAUCCAGCAGUGGAACUGCUGAACUAGGCUGAACCAGGUUCAGCAGUUCCGAGGCACACGACCGCUUGUGUUGUUCUGAGGACGACUGCUUGUGUUGCGAUCGACACGUCGUGAUAUAUAUUUUUCUUUUUUCUAUCUACGUGACUUUACCGAAAGAACCAGAGUAUGGAUUCCUGCAGUCACGAAAGCUUCAAAUCAAGUUACUAAAAUAUUCGAAAAACAUACAUCCCAAAUAAACUGCUGCCGAAAAGCUCACAAUCUCAUGCACAGCAGAGUCUGGUUUUCAAGAGGAUUACAGCACCACCACAGCUAUGGAUGUUUAAAAUGUUCUCAUCAGUAAACUGGAUAAAAGGUCACUACUGCUGUGCAAUAUUCAUUACCUUUUCAAAAGCCAGUUGAAAAUUAUAUUCCACCCACAAUUCUUGGUCAAUUACGGUUUUCAGAUUUAACAAUACAAUUAUUUAAGUUACCUCUCAGACUUAAAUAAGUGUAAUGCGAGUGUAAAUGGGGUUCCUGCUGGGCUCUGGCCCAAUCACACAGCCCGGUCUGGGGGGCGUGUGGGAGGGGCCGCCGUUCACCUCGGCUCCAAUGGGAAGCGAGUUGAAUGGGGGCGGAGCCAGCAGGGCAGUACGGGAAGGCCGGAUCUGACGAUCCGGAAGGGGAGGAGUCAGGGUCACGUGGGGGAGAGGAUAUAAGUGGGAGCUCGGAAGAGAUUGGGGUCAGUUGGGGAAGUUAAGAGGCUGAGCCACGUUGGGUGGUGAGAGGAGAUCCGCGCCAUCGGCCACGUGGCCGAAGGACCUUCAGCACGCCGUCGGCCAGCGGAGUGCGGGAGUGGAGGAGCUAACGGAGGAGCGUGCGUGGGCGCGCGCGAGGAGACGCUGGUCCCUUGUCAGGACCAGCGGGGUGUGAGGAAGAGUGGAGGAGCUGACGAGGGAGCGCAUGCGGGGCGCGCGCUAGACGACGCUGGUCCACGGAGGGGACCAGCGGAGUGCGGAGAAAGAACCUAAAUAAAAGGGGGUCAAAUACUUAUUUCCCUCAUUAAAAUGCAAAUCAAUUUAUAACAUUUUUGACAUUCGUUUUUCUGGAUUUUUUUGUUAUUAUAAAUGUCAUACAACGAUCACUAUUUGUAGGACAUAUAAACGUCGUGUACCAAGUGUGGAUACAGGCCCAUGGCGAGGACACGCUGUGAACAGCGGCAGUGAGAGCUCGCCUUGACGAAUGCCUCAAACACGUCCAGCACCGCCACGCAAAGUCCCCCUUCCACCGCAGACUGAUACCGCUGGCGAGCCUGCAAGCGCACAAUGGGGGCAUGGUGGCAGGGUAGGUGGAUCGAACAGAGAGAAUCUUGUUUCAGUGUGUGGAGUAGGUUGCUGACCUAUCUGUAGAGGGUGUGUUUGUGUCAUCGCCUCUCACAGAUGGGGUUUCUCUGGGCACUCAGGUUUCCUACCACAUGCACAUGAAUAAGCAUUAAUAAACUGGACGAACAAGUGAAGAAAAAUCCUGAACCACCCAUCAUCAUCACCACCCAUCAUCAUCACCACCCACCCAUCAUCAACACUUCUCAUCAUCACCAUGAUCACCACCAAAAUCCACCCAUCAUCACUAUCACUAACUCACUCUCUCAUUCACUCUGCCACAUUCUCACUGUCACGCACUGUCACACACUCACUCUCACGCAUUGUUACACUCUCAAGCACUCUGUCAAACUCUCACUAAACCUUAACAUAAUGUGUGUUCACAUUCAUUCUAGACUUGAAGCUUUCGUGACUGCAAGGAUUCAUAUUCUUAGGUUUUUUCGGUAAAGUCACGUAGGUAAAACAUCAAAAUUAAUAAAAAUAAAAUAAAGAUCACGACGUUUCGGAGGCAACACAAGUCUCCGUCAUCAGGUGGGACCGUCACAGCCAGAUUAGCUGCAUCAAGUGAGGCAAUGAUUCAAGAUGUAAUCCCUUAAAAGCGA